AGAAUUUAGAUGCAAAAUAACAAGGAAGAUUUGGAUCUAGGAGAACGGUGCCCUUUAAGUGUCUCUGGAAGGUGAGGACUAGGGCGGACAUACAUACAGUGCUCAUAUCUGUUUUGGGAGGAGGAGACCUGAAUGAGCUGAGCCUGUCAUCUGGAAGUGGGGGAAGACAAGCAACAGAAGAGUAGACCUUACUUCAUCUAAAAAGGUGCAAAUAUGUCUUCUGACCCCACCACGCCAACCCAUCCACUUCAGUCCCCAAAGUCACCGAUAGGUCCUUCCUACCCAUUCCACAGAGAAGGUAGCCGACUCUGGGAGAGGAGUCACCUUUUUCUAGGAGAACUGCCGAGCCCUCUUCCAACUAAGAGAACUCGUACAUAUUCAGCCACUGCAAGAGCAUCUGCAGGACCAAUCUACAAGGGUGUUUGCAAGCAGUUCUCUCGUUCCCAGGGUCAUGGGUUCAUCACUCCUGAAAAUGGAACAGAAGACAUAUAUGUACACAUUUCUGACAUUGAGGGGGAAUAUGUACCUGUGGAAGGAGAUGAGGUAACAUACAAGAUGUGCCCGAUCCCACCCAAGAACCAGAAAUUGCAAGCUGUGGAAGUUAUCCUGACUCACCUUUCUCCUCACACAAAGCAUGAGACCUGGUCAGGGCAGAUAAUCAGCUCCUAAAAUGUAUCAAAGCCUUCCAUAAG